AUGCAAGCUCCGACGGUAACACCUGUUGCAGUUAGCUUUUUCAAGCUGACUAGACAUAUUUUUGCUGAAAUACUUGCUUCUUUUGAUAAUUUUCAGGAUUUGCAUGCUGCGAUGAUGAGCCACCGAGCCUUCUAUCAUGCUUUCAAGCCGCAUCGAAACUUCAUUCUUUCCGGCAUCAUACUAAACCAGAUACCUGUCAAUUUAUUUCCCUUGGCGUGGGCACUAUUCGAAGCAAAAACUGUCGACCUUCUUGAUAAUGAUGCGGUUAAGAAUCUUCUCGAAAAGCUUAACCUUGAUUUGAUAUCAAGUCAGCGGAACUUCACCUUGCCCGUUCUGCCAACGUCAGAUUUUGUGAUGAUUUCUAAAACACAUGCCGCUGUUCAAGAUCUACGCCAGCAGUUUGCUAAGGAGACUAUUCCCUUAUUUGAACAUAACUUUGGCGUGAGUCGUACAACUGAGCUGUCGCCUAACGAAGCUACUCGUAUUGAGCGUGCUUUAUAUCGAUUUCAAUUAGCAAGCGACUUAUACGUCCCUGGUCAUCCAUGGACUCCUGACCCCUCAUACAAAUCAUUGGAUUGGGGGGAGCGUGAAAAAUGA